AUGCGCCGUGAAUAUGAGCUGCCAGUCUGCAGUACUGGUGACCGUCCUGAUGGCCUCCAACCCAGGGAUGUUGAGGCAUCGAACGGCGUUUCCCUCCUAGAGGAGGGUUCGCUGUCAUUCCUGUUCUCCAGACAAGUCGUGGGAGGCGAUGACUAUUCGUACUGCGGUACAUCGGGCAUCACGCCUAAUGAAGUCUGCUGGUCCAACUGUGAUGCCAAAGCAGAAUGUGGCAAGAACGCCAAAGUCCCUGGCCAGAAGUGUCCUCUCAACAUAAUGGCGCCACUGGCGGUUGCCAGUCCAAUUGCGACCAGCCCGGACCCAAGGACAAGGACUCUGAACAGCUGGAUCGUGUCAUUGGGUUGGCGAUACAACUCCGAGUGUCAGGGAAUGCCCAUGAAGGACAUACCCGUCAACUCGCUGACUCACCUGUACUUUUCCUUUGCAUUCAUCACCCCCAACGAGUACAACAUUGUCGGGAUGGAAGGUCUACCCUCGGAGCUUUUCAGCAACUUCACCGAUCUGAAGAAGGACAAUUCGAGUCUGAAAAUGAUCAUUGCCAUCGGAGGAUGGACACACAACGACCCAGGCCCUCUUCAGAAGGUGUUUAGCGACAUGGUCAGCACGAAGCAGAACCGAUCGACGUUCAUUGAGAACUUAAUGGCCUUCCUUCGCCAAUGUGCGUUUGAUGGUGUUGACUUUGACUGGGUACGCAAUGCCAUGCCCACCUGGACCGUUGCGUUGCAAUGGCUGUUGCUAAUAACUGUCGAACAGGAAUACCCCGGUGCUGACGACAGAGGUGGCAUGCCCGAAGAUGGCGUCAACUUUAACCAAUUCCUGAAAGAGCUCGGAGAAGAAGACAAGAAGCAGCCGAAAAAGUACAUUGUAUCUUAUACUGCGCCAACGAGCUUCUGGUAUCUGCGCCACUUUGAUCUGAAGUCGAUCGAUUAUGUCGACUUUGUCAAUGUCAUGUCCGAUGAUCUGCACGGAGUCUGGGAUCGGGACAACCCGAUUGGAUCUAACAUCUACGGACACACGAAUCUAACUGAGAUGAGUCUGGCGUUUGGCUUGUUUUGGCGCAACGAUGUGCCAGCUGGCAAGCUGAACAUGGGCCUUGGGUUCUUUGGCCGAGCCUUCCAGCUAGCCGAUCCGGCUUGCAACAAACCCGGCUGCGUCUUCAAGGGAGGGGCAACGAAAAGGGCCUGCAGCGGCGAGUCUGGCAUCCUCAGCUAUCGUGAGAUCAUGGAAAUCAUCAGAACCAAGAAACUCAAGCCCGUCCACGACAAGGAGGCGGGCGUCAAGUACAUCACCUGGAACACUGACCAGUGGAUGUCUUAUGACGACAAGGAGACGUUCGAACAGAAAAAGGACCUGGCAAAGGAGCUCGGCCUCGGUGAUUACCUGAUAUGGGCCAGCGACCAGGACGAUGACCAGCUGUCGGCGUUGUCGGCCGUGCUGGACCCCAAGCCGCUGGGCGAUUUCCGGUCAGACAAGGCGGACGAGAACUGGACAGGCUCCAACGACAUGUGUUACAUUUCGAAGUGCGGCGACGGGUGCAACCCGGGUGACAUCAAGAUCACGCAGCAAAAGUGCGCCAAGGGCAAGGACAGCAAGCUCUGCUGCCCGCUCUCGGGAGCCCCCGACCCCAAAGAGUGCACCUGGCGAGGAGGCCCUCACCUCUGCAAUGGUCACUGCCACGACGACGAGGUCAUGACACACAUGAGCAAAUGGGGCGGCGGCGCCGACUACUGGGACGGCAACGCGGCGCACUGCUGCAAGAGCCCGCUCGGCGAGGAAAACACCUGCUACUGGGGUGGCGUCGCCCAGGAGUGCAAGGCUGGCCAUCUGCCCCUGACCUUCUCCGGCACCGUGCUCAGCAUCCUCGACGACAUUGCCGAGGUGAUCCUCUUGGUCGUCGGCCGCGCGGUCCCUCUCGUCUCGCUCACCGGCCGCCUGCUCCUCGAGGUGCUCGACCAGCUCGACCUAGAUACUAACAAGCUGUACUGCUGUCCCGAGAAGGAUGUCGAGCGCUGGAAACACUGCGCCUGGUACGGCAAGCCGGGCAGCUGCUUCGACGGCCACUGUCCUGACAUGAAGUUUGUGCAGCUCACCGACAGCUACUUUGGCGGUGGCGAGACGUGUGGCAUCCAGCUAUCUCGCGUGCGCACCUUUUGCUGCGAGUCGGCGGGCGAUCCCCUGUUCUUCCCCGUGCCCCUGGGGAACCUGUUCGAGCACCCGCCCGACGGAGACAGCGUCGACACCGACUUCAGCCUCGAGACGGACGAGUCCUCGGCGGGCGGCGAUGACGACCCCAACGAGGCCGCCUUUCAGUUUGUCGUCCUGGCGUCGCCCGAGGAGCUGCAGGUUUCGGUCGACAAGCGCGACGGCGAGCACACCGUCAGCAUGGUCUGCACCGACUUCUCCGAGAAGAGUAACUGUCACAAGAUCGGGCUUGGCCAUGGCGUCCCCGGAACCAUCCUGCAAAUGCCCCCCGGCUGCGGCCCUGGCAAGUACGCCGUCGCCAAGAGCAUGGAGCCCGCCCAGGGUGAUGACCACGUCAAGCUGCUGCCACGCCGACUCGCCCACCUUGCGCCACGAAAGCCUGUGGUGUACUCGCUGACCUUUGACUACGACUUUGCCCAUGUCCCACGCGACCUCGGAAGCACCCAAAUGCGCAUCGACUUUAGCAAUCAGGACGACUACUGGGACACAGUCGUCGCCGGGUCCUUGUCCAAGAAGAAGAGGAACCUCACCAAGCGCACGCUCGCCGACGUGGGUGGCAACCACGUAAGGUGGCUUGAGGAGGAAUUCCGAGACGGCUACCACUUUGGCGGGCUGAAGAAGCGUGACCUGCACGAGCGCUGGUUCGGCACGAGCAUCCUCGAGUGGCUCGCGCAGCUCGUUAAGGCAGAGAUCAAGCGCGAGUUCAUGCACAGGUACGACGAUACUCUCACGGACAAGCUCAUUGAUGAGACGUGGUUCUGUUCAAAGGGAGACGUCGGCUACGAGGGCCACCUGUUCGCCCAGUCCCUUCACAAGAUCAAGGUCAAGUCCAGCUUUGGCUUUACCCUCAUCGUCAGCAAGCUCAGCCUGCCCCUCGACCUGAGCCAGAGCUACCUUACCUUUUACAACAAGGGCGAGAUCACGGGCGUCAUGACCCUCGAGGCCGUCGCCAAGGUUUUCUACGAGAAGAAGAGCGUCAUUCUGAACAUUCCCUUCCCCGGCGCUUCCUUCAAGAUUCCGGGCAUCGCUACGAUUGGUCCCCAGCUCACGGUCGAGGGCAGCAUCGAUGCCUCCCUCGCCGUGGCAGGCACCAUUGAGACCAAGCUUGAAAUUGCCAAGUGGGAAGUUCGGCAAGUCGUGCCGGAUAACAACGACGACGCUUACAAGCCCAAAGAGAUCGGCGAAGGCGACACCAGCCUCGACCGCACCGGCGACUUUGAAGGUAUCAAGAAGCCCGAAUUCUAUGCUGGCGUCGCCGUUCAGGACGACGUCACAGCCCGGCUCUCGGCUGCCGCCGAGUUCGGUAUCCGGUUCGACGAAAGGUGGGAGGUCAAGCCGGCUGCCGCCGCCGUCGUCGGUGAGGCCAGCGUCAUAGCCAAGCUGACGGCGGGCGUCUCAACCAACGCCGUUUGUCCCUUCACUUACAGUCUCGACGUCGGUGCCCGACUGUACUCCAGAGUCCAGGCACCCCAGGUCUUUGACUGGUCCGGCGGCGAAUAUGACCUGACGCCAAAGUGGAACAAGGGUAUCGUCGAGGCAGGCACUUUUCCGGACCUGGGAGCCAUCCCGUCCAAGAGAGACCUUGUACUCGUCGAGGCUGGCAACUAUUCUGCCGCCGACAGAAAUGGCUUCGGUCUGCCUUCUCAGUUGGAAAGCGCCGGCUCUGCCGACCACAACGGAAUACAGCGGCGCUCGGGUCACCUGGCCAAGAGAGUUAGCGUCCACGGCCCGGUGCUCAGUCUCCCCGUCGACAAGUUCUUCUGCCCGCCUUCCAACGAUCCCAGUGAGAACGAAAGCAGCUCCUGCAAAGACGUCGAGCCAGCAUGGGACCGGGACAAGUACCUCAACGAGGAUUACGAAGGCAUGCGCAGGAGGAGAUCAGAGGAUGCUGUUCCUGACGACAACGAUGAUCUGGACGACGUUGAAGGGGAGACCCUGGCGCACAUCUUCGAGAGGACCAUCAGAAAGAAGGCCGUCAAGGCGUGCGGCCUCAGGACAACCUUCAACUACCCGACGGACGGCUCUCUCGCCACCGGUGCUCUCAUCUACGGCUGGGAGCAGCCCGACGUCUGCGGCAACUACGACUGGGGCGGCCCGCUCAACGCACGUGUUGCCGGUAAAUCAUACCACUCAGAGCACAUCCUCGAGGCCCAGAUGGUGGCGCAGUUCUUUGCGUACGUGGAUGAGAGGACUGAUCCCGUGGUUAGCCCCGACCCCAAUGCCAGCCCCAACCGGAAGACAAUAUUUUUCUGCGACUACGUCAACGUCAUGUUCGAUAUCAACGCCGUCGCCGCCCAGUUCCCGACACACCAGUGGAAGACGGACGAGUACGUCGCCCUCGAGUCCGUCAUUAACACGCCCGCCAAGGGCAAGGCCUGGGGCACGGAUGACAACAUCAUCAACACAUCCUCGUGGUUAACCGACAAGCUCCCCAACGCCGCGGGCGCACGAGCGAUGCUCAAGUCGAUGCGCUCCCUCAUCGGGUCUCGCCUCAUCCUCCGCCUGCAAAAGGGCCGCGUGGGCGCCAUUCUCGGCCUGCUCGACACCACGGUGCUGCACGCCAAUCCGCCUCCGGGCUUCGUCGCCUGGCCGCAGCAACAAUUCCAGCUGAUGGCCGAGUGGGACACGUUCAUGAAGGGUGAGUUCCUCAUGAAGCAGACAAAGACGAUGAAGGUCAUCAACGACUUCAUGGGGCCACUGAGGGAGCAGUGGACAAGCGACGCCGUCAAGCAGGCUAACGAGGACCAGCCAGGGGACAGCGCCACGGCCCUGGCGACCAAACAGGGGAUCAGGAACCUGAUUGAUGACAUUGAGGCCAUGAAUGACUACCUGGCGACAAUUCCUGCUUGGCAGUGGGCUUUCUGA